AUGGCUUCAUUUGAUUUCCAAUCACUGUUUACGAAUGUUCCCGGUCGGGAGGUCAUACGUAUCAUGUGUGAUCAUGUGGAGCAAAACCAACUGAAAAUCGGUAUACCAGUAUCAGUUCUGGUACGACAAUUACUACUGUGCACAACAAACGUACAGUUCUCCUUCCUUGGUUGGGCUUACAGACAAAUUGACGGUGUCGCAAUCGGAACUCCAUUGAGCCCCAUUCUGGCACAUAUGUUUUUGGCUCAUCUUGAGGAAAAGGCGAGCAAAAUCCUCGAACGUUCACAACUUUACAAACGAUACGUUGAUCAUGUUCUAGUCAUCACAAUAAGUCUAGAAGAGACAACAUGGAUUAUGGAUAAACUCGAUCGCCUGCAUCCGAGUAUACGAUUUACGAUGGAAACAGAAAUCGAAGAUACACUGCACUUCCUCGACAUUAAAAUGACUAGGAAUAAUGAUGGAACAAUGGCCAGAUCUGUUUACCGAAAAGAAACUUGGACAGGCCAAUGCUUGCAAUUUGACAGCUUUGUGUCUGUGGAAUAUGAACGUGGUCUGGUCCGAACACUAUUUCAAACAGCACGACAUAUCUGCACAGAAGACAUGAUUGACAACGAACUACGACAGCUGAAAGAAUCUUUGACUAGAAACGCUUAUCCCGAUGCGUUUAUCGAAAAGCACAGCAAGCCUAAAUUGAUCAGACAAACGAAUUGUUCAGCAGAAAAACUACUAGUCACCAUUUGUCUUCCAUUCAUACGUGAUGACAUCAAUUGCUUGCUCAAACGACCACUUGGAUCAGCGCUUGCCCAAAACAAAUAUUAUGCACCUGACCUCAGAAUUAUUCAUCGAACGAUUGAGAUCCCCACACCCUCGGUGAAACAACGUCCACCUCUGUACACCAAAUCGAAUCUGAUUUAUCAAUUUCAGUGUAGUUGCGGAGCAACGUACGUGGGUCGAACAGAGCGCCAGUUACGUAACCGAGUGAUUGAAUAUAUUCCAAAUUGGGUACAACGUUUUGUGAUGCAAUCAGGGUCAGAUCAAAGGCAUAAUGACAACGUUCGAAACCAUAAGGUCCCGUCGUCGGCUGUCGGCCGUCGGCCGUCGGCCGUCGCUCGUCAUCUUCUGAUGACGCAACAUCCAGCUGACCGAACCACUGCGUUUCGGGUCAUUUACGUGGCAAAGAAUACCAGGCUUUUGAGACAAAUUGACGGUGUCGCAAUCGGAACUCCAUUGAGCCCCAUUCUGGCACAUAUGUUUUUGGCUCAUCUUGAGGAAAAGGCGAGCAAAAUCCUCGAACGUUCACAACUUUACAAACGAUACGUUGAUCAUGUUCUAGUCAUCACAAUAAGUCUGGAAGAGACAACAUGGAUUAUGGAUAAACUCGAUCGCCUGCAUCCGAAUAUACGAUUUAUGAUGGAAACAGAAAUCGAAGAUACACUGCACUUCCUCGACAUUAAAAUGACUAGGAAUAAUGAUGGAACAAUGGCCAGAUCUGUUUACCGAAAAGAAACUUGGACAGGCCAAUGCUUGCAAUUUGACAGCUUUGUGUCUGUGGAAUAUGAACGUGGUCUGGUCCGAACACUAUUUCAAACAGCACGACAUAUCUGCACAGAAGACAUGAUUGACAACGAACUACGACAGCUGAUAGAAUCUUUGACUAGAAACGCUUAUCCCGAUGCGUUUAUCGAAAAGCACAGCAAGCCUAAAUUGAUCAGACAAACGAAUUGUUCAGCAGAAAAACUACUAGUCACCAUUUGUCUUCCAUUCAUACGUGAUGACAUCAAUUGCUUGCUCAAACGACCACUUGGAUCAGCGCUUGCCCAAAACAAAUAUUAUGCACCUGACCUCAGAAUUAUUCAUCGAACGAUUGAGAUCCCCACACCCUCGGUGAAACAACGUCCACCUCUGUACACCAAAUCGAAUCUGAUUUACCAAUUUCAGUGUAGUUGCGGAGCAACGUACGUGGGUCGAACAGAGCGCCAGUUACGUAAUCGAGUGAUUGAAUAUAUUCCAAAUUUGGUACAACGUUUUGUGAUGCAAUCAGGGUCAGAUCAAAGGCAUAAUGACAACGUUCGAAACCAUAAGAUCCCGUGGUCGGCUGUCGGCCGUCGGCCGUCGGCCGUCGCUCGUCAUCUUCUGAUGACGCAACAUCCAGCUGACCGAAGCACUGCGUUUUGGGUCAUUUACGUGGCAAAGAAUACCAGGCUUUUGAGACAAAUUGACGGUGUCGCAAUCGGAACUCCAUUGAGCCCCAUUCUGGCACAUAUGUUUUUGGCUCAUCUUGAGGAAAAGGCGAGCAAAAUCCUCGAACGUUCACAACUUUACAAACGAUACGUUGAUCAUGUUCUAGUCAUCACAAUAAGUCUGGAAGAGACAACAUGGAUUAUGGAUAAACUCGAUCGCCUGCAUCCGAAUAUACGAUUUAUGAUGGAAACAGAAAUCGAAGAUACACUGCACUUCCUCGACAUUAAAAUGACUAGGAAUAAUGAUGGAACAAUGGCCAGAUCUGUUUACCGAAAAGAAACUUGGACAGGCCAAUGCUUGCAAUUUGACAGCUUUGUGUCUGUGGAAUAUGAACGUGGUCUGGUCCGAACACUAUUUCAAACAGCACGACAUAUCUGCACAGAAGACAUGAUUGACAACGAACUACGACAGCUGAUAGAAUCUUUGACUAGAAACGCUUAUCCCGAUGCGUUUAUCGAAAAGCACAGCAAGCCUAAAUUGAUCAGACAAACGAAUUGUUCAGCAGAAAAACUACUAGUCACCAUUUGUCUUCCAUUCAUACGUGAUGACAUCAAUUGCUUGCUCAAACGACCACUUGGAUCAGCGCUUGCCCAAAACAAAUAUUAUGCACCUGACCUCAGAAUUAUUCAUCGAACGAUUGAGAUCCCCACACCCUCGGUGAAACAACGUCCACCUCUGUACACCAAAUCGAAUCUGAUUUACCAAUUUCAGUGUAGUUGCGGAGCAACGUACGUGGGUCGAACAGAGCGCCAGUUACGUAACCGAGUGAUUGAAUAUAUUCCAAAUUUGGUACAACGUUUUGUGAUGCAAUCAGGGUCAGAUCAAAGGCAUAAUGACAACGUUCGAAACCAUAAGAUCCCGUGGUCGGCUGUCGGCCGUCGGCCGUCGGCCGUCGCUCGUCAUCUUCUGAUGACGCAACAUCCAGCUGACCGAAGCACUGCGUUUUGGGUCAUUUACGUGGCAAAGAAUACCAGGCUUUUGAGACAAAUUGACGGUGUCGCAAUCGGAACUCCAUUGAGCCCCAUUCUGGCACAUAUGUUUUUGGCUCAUCUUGAGGAAAAGGCGAGCAAAAUCCUCGAACGUUCACAACUUUACAAACGAUACGUUGAUCAUGUUCUAGUCAUCACAAUAAGUCUGGAAGAGACAACAUGGAUUAUGGAUAAACUCGAUCGCCUGCAUCCGAAUAUACGAUUUAUGAUGGAAACAGAAAUCGAAGAUACACUGCACUUCCUCGACAUUAAAAUGACUAGGAAUAAUGAUGGAACAAUGGCCAGAUCUGUUUACCGAAAAGAAACUUGGACAGGCCAAUGCUUGCAAUUUGACAGCUUUGUGUCUGUGGAAUAUGAACGUGGUCUGGUCCGAACACUAUUUCAAACAGCACGACAUAUCUGCACAGAAGACAUGAUUGACAACGAACUACGACAGCUGAAAGAAUCUUUGACUAGAAACGCUUAUCCCGAUGCGUUUAUCGAAAAGCACAGCAAGCCUAAAUUGAUCAGACAAACGAAUUGUUCAGCAGAAAAACUACUAGUCACCAUUUGUCUUCCAUUCAUACGUGAUGACAUCAAUUGCUUGCUCAAACGACCACUUGGAUCAGCGCUUGCCCAAAACAAAUAUUAUGCACCUGACCUCAGAAUUAUUCAUCGAACGAUUGAGAUCCCCACACCCUCGGUGAAACAACGUCCACCUCUGUACACCAAAUCGAAUCUGAUUUACCAAUUUCAGUGUAGUUGCGGAGCAACACAAAUUGACGGUGUCGCAAUCCGAACUCCAUUGAGCCCCAUUCUGGCACAUAUGUUUUUGGCUCAUCUUGAGGAAAAGGCGAGCAAAAUCCUCGAACGUUCACAACUUUACAAACGAUACGUUGAUCAUGUUCUAGUCAUCACAAUAAGUCUAGAAGAGACAACAUGGAUUAUGGAUAAACUCGAUCGCCUGCACCCGAAUAUACGAUUUACGAUGGAAACAGAAAUCGAAGAUACACUGCACUUCCUCGACAUUAAAAUGACUAGGAAGAAUGAUGGAACAAUGGCCAGAUCUGUUUACCGAAAAGAAACUUGGACAGGCCAAUGCUUGCAAUUUGACAGCUUUGUGUCUGUGGAAUAUGAACGUGGUCUGGUCCGAACACUAUUUCAAACAGCACGACAUAUCUGCACAGAAGACAUGAUUGACAACGAACUACGACAGCUGAUAGAAUCUUUGACUAGAAACGCUUAUCCCGAUGCGUUUAUCGAAAAGCACAGCAAGCCUAAAUUGAUCAGACAAACGAAUUGUUCAGCAGAAAAACUACUAGUCACCAUUUGUCUUCCAUUCAUACGUGAUGACAUCAAUUGCUUGCUCAAACGACCACUUGGAUCAGCGCUUGCCCAAAACAAAUAUUAUGCACCUGACCUCAGAAUUAUUCAUCGAACGAUUGAGAUCCCCACACCCUCGGUGAAACAACGUCCACCUCUGUACACCAAAUCGAAUCUGAUUUACCAAUUUCAGUUUAGUUGCGGAGCAACACAAAUUGACGGUGUCGCAAUCGGAACUCCAUUGAGCCCCAUUCUGGCACAUAUGUUUUUGGCUCAUCUUGAGGAAAAGGCGAGCAAAAUCCUCGAACGUUCACAACUUUACAAACGAUACGUUGAUCAUGUUCUAGUCAUCACAAUAAGUCUAGAAGAGACAACAUGGAUUAUGGAUAAACUCGAUCGCCUGCAUCCGAAUAUACGAUUUACGAUGGAAACAGAAAUCGAAGAUACACUGCACUUCCUCGACAUUAAAAUGACUAGGAAGAAUGAUGGAACAAUGGCCAGAUCUGUUUACCGAAAAGAAACUUGGACAGGCCAAUGCUUGCAAUUUGACAGCUUUGUGUCUGUGGAAUAUGAACGUGGUCUGGUCCGAACACUAUUUCAAACAGCACGACAUAUCUGCACAGAAGACAUGAUUGACAACAAACUACGACAGCUGAAAGAAUCUUUGACUAGAAACGCUUAUCCCGAUGCGUUUAUCGAAAAGCACAGCAAGCCUAAAUUGAUCAGACAAACGAAUUGUUCAGCAGAAAAACUACUAGUCACCAUUUGUCUUCCAUUCAUACGUGAUGACAUCAAUUGCUUGCUCAAACGACCACUUGGAUCAGCGCUUGCCCAAAACAAAUAUUAUGCACCUGACCUCAGAAUUAUUCAUCGAACGAUUGAGAUCCUCACACCCUCGGUGAAACAACGUCCACCUCUGUACACCAAAUCGAAUCUGAUUUACCAAUUUCAGUGUAGUUGCGGAGCAACACAAAUUGACGGUGUCGCAAUCGGAACUCCAUUGAGCCCCAUUCUGGCACAUAUGUUUUUGGCUCAUCUUGAGGAAAAGGCGAGCAAAAUCCUCGAACGUUCACAACUUUACAAACGAUACGUUGAUCAUGUUCUAGUCAUCACAAUAAGUCUAGAAGAGACAACAUGGAUUAUGGAUAAACUCGAUCGCCUGCAUCCAAAUAUACGAUUUACGAUGGAAACAGAAAUCGAAGAUACACUGCACUUCCUCGACAUUAAAAUGACUAGGAAGAAUGAUGGAACAAUGGCCAGAUCUGUUUACCGAAAAGAAACUUGGACAGGCCAAUGCUUGCAAUUUGACAGCUUUGUGUCUGUGGAAUAUGAACGUGGUCUGGUCCGAACACUAUUUCAAACAGCACGACAUAUCUGCACAGAAGACAUGAUUGACAACGAACUACGACAGCUGAAAGAAUCUUUGACUAGAAACGCUUAUCCCGAUGCGUUUAUCGAAAAGCACAGCAAGCCUAAAUUGAUCAGACAAACGAAUUGUUCAGCAGAAAAACUACUAGUCACCAUUUGUCUUCCAUUCAUACGUGAUGACAUCAAUUGCUUGCUCAAACGACCACUUGGAUCAGCGCUUGCCCAAAACAAAUAUUAUGCACCUGACCUCAGAAUUAUUCAUCGAACGAUUGAGAUCCCCACACCCUCGGUGAAACAACGUCCACCUCUGUACACCAAAUCGAAUCUGAUUUACCAAUUUCAGUGUAGUUGCGAAGCAACGUACGUGGGUCGAACAGAGCGCCAGUUACGUAACCGAGUGAUUGAAUAUAUUCCAAAUUGGGUACAACGUUUUGUGAUGCAAUCAGGGUCAGAUCAAAGGCAUAAUGACAACGUUCGAAACCAUAAGAUCCCGUGGUCGGCUGUCGGCCGUCGGCCGUCGGCCGUCGCUCGUCAUCUUCUGAUGACGCAACAUCCAGCUGACCGAAGCACUGCGUUUCGGGUCAUUUACGUGGCAAAGUAUACCAGGCUUUUGAGACAAAUUGACGGUGUCGCAAUCGGAACUCCAUUGAGCCCCAUUCUGGCACAUAUGUUUUUGGCUCAUCUUGAGGAAAAGGCGAGCAAAAUCCUCGAACGUUCACAACUUUACAAACGAUACGUUGAUCAUGUUCUAGUCAUCACAAUAAGUCUAGAAGAGACAACAUGGAUUAUGGAUAAACUCGAUCGCCUGCAUCCGAAUAUACGAUUUACGAUGGAAACAGAAAUCGAAGAUACACUGCACUUCCUCGACAUUAAAAUCACUAGGAAUAAUGAUGGAACAAUGGCCAGAUCUGUUUACCGAAAAGAAAUUUGGACAGGCCAAUGCUUGCAAUUUGACAGCUUUGUGUCUGUGGAAUAUGAACGUGGUCUGGUCCGAACACUAUUUCAAACAGCACGACAUAUCUGCACAGAAGACAUGAUUGACAACGAACUACGACAGCUGAAAGAAUCUUUGACUAGAAACGCUUAUCCCGAUGCGUUUAUCGAAAAGCACAGCAAGCCUAAAUUGAUCAGACAAACGAAUUGUUCAGCAGAAAAACUACUAGUCACCAUUUGUCUUCCAUUCAUACGUGAUGACAUCAAUUGCUUGCUCAAACGACCACUUGGAUCAGCGCUUGCCCAAAACAAAUAUUAUGCACCUGACCUCAGAAUUAUUCAUCGAACGAUUGAGAUCCCCACACCCUCGGUGAAACAACGUCCACCUCUGUACACCAAAUCGAAUCUGAUUUACCAAUUUCAGUGUAGUUGCGGAGCAACACAAAUUGACGGUGUCGCAAUCGGAACUCCAUUGAGCCCCAUUCUGGCACAUAUGUUUUUGGCUCAUCUUGAGGAAAAGGCGAGCAAAAUCCUCGAACGUUCACAACUUUACAAACGAUACGUUGAUCAUGUUCUAGUCAUCACAAUAAGUCUAGAAGAGACAACAUGGAUUAUGGAUAAACUCGAUCGCCUGCAUCCGAAUAUACGAUUUACGAUGGAAACAGAAAUCGAAGAUACACUGCACUUCCUCGACAUUAAAAUCACUAGGAAUAAUGAUGGAACAAUGGCCAGAUCUGUUUACCGAAAAGAAACUUGGACAGGCCAAUGUUUGCAAUUUGACAGCUUUGUGUCUGUGGAAUAUGAACGUGGUCUGGUCCGAACACUAUUUCAAACAGCACGACAUAUCUGCACAGAAGACAUGAUUGACAACGAACUACGACAGCUGAAAGAAUCUUUGACUAGAAACGCUUAUCCCGAUGCGUUUAUCGAAAAGCACAGCAAGCCUAAAUUGAUCAGACAAACGAAUUGUUCAGCAGAAAAACUACUAGUCACCAUUUGUCUUCCAUUCAUACGUGAUGACAUCAAUUGCUUGCUCAAACGACCACUUGGAUCAGCGCUUGCCGAAAACAAAUAUUAUGCACCUGACCUCAGAAUUAUUCAUCGAACGAUUGAGAUCCCCACACCCUCGGUGAAACAACGUCCACCUCUGUACACCAAAUCGAAUCUGAUUUACCAAUUUCAGUGUAGUUGCGGAGCAACGUACGUGGGUCGAACAGAGCGCCAGUUACGUAACCGAGUGAUUGAAUAUAUUCCAAAUUGGGUACAACGUUUUGUGAUGCAAUCAGGGUCAGAUCAAAGGCAUAAUGACAACGUUCGAAACCAUAAGAUCCCGUGGUCGGCUGUCGGCCGUCGGCCGUCGGCCGUCGCUCGUCAUCUUCUGAUGACGCAACAUCCAGCUGACCGAAGCACUGCGUUUCGGGUCAUUUACGUGGCAAAGAAUACCAGGCUUUUGAGACAAAUUGACGGUGUCGCAAUCGGAACUCCAUUGAGCCCCAUUCUGGCACAUAUGUUUUUGGCUCAUCUUGAGGAAAAGGCGAGCAAAAUCCUCGAACGUUCACAACUUUACAAACGAUACGUUGAUCAUGUUCUAGUCAUCACAAUAAGUCUAGAAGAGACAACAUGGAUUAUGGAUAAACUCGAUCGCCUGCAUCCGAAUAUACGAUUUACGAUGGAAACAGAAAUCGAAGAUACACUGCACUUCCUCGACAUUAAAAUGACUAGGAAGAAUGAUGGAACAAUGGCCAGAUCUGUUUACCGAAAAGAAACUUGGACAGGCCAAUGCUUGCAAUUUGACAGCUUUGUGUCUGUGGAAUAUGAACGUGGUCUGGUCCGAACACUAUUUCAAACAGCACGACAUAUCUGCACAGAAGACAUGAUUGACAACGAACUACGACAGCUGAAAGAAUCUUUGACUAGAAACGCUUAUCCCGAUGCGUUUAUCGAAAAGCACAGCAAGCCUAAAUUGAUCAGACAAACGAAUUGUUCAGCAGAAAAACUACUAGUCACCAUUUGUCUUCCAUUCAUACGUGAUGACAUCAAUUGCUUGCUCAAACGACCACUUGGAUCAGCGCUUGCCCAAAACAAAUAUUAUGCACCUGACCUCAGAAUUAUUCAUCGAACGAUUGAGAUCCCCACACCCUCGGUGAAACAACGUCCACCUCUGUACACCAAAUCGAAUCUGAUUUACCAAUUUCAGUGUAGUUGCGGAGCAACGUACGUGGGUCGAACAGAGCGCCAGUUACGUAACCGAGUGAUUGAAUAUAUUCCAAAUUGGGUACAACGUUUUGUGAUGCAAUCAGGGUCAGAUCAAAGGCAUAAUGACAACGUUCGAAACCAUAAGAUCCCGUGGUCGGCUGUCGGCCGUCGGCCGUCGGCCGUCGCUCGUCAUCUUCUGAUGACGCAACAUCCAGCUGACCGAAGCACUGCGUUUCGGGUCAUUUACGUGGCAAAGAAUACCAGGCUUUUGAGCUUUGUGCCUGUGGAAUAUGAACGUGGUCUGGUCCGAACACUAUUUCAAACAGCACGACAUAUCUGCACAGAAGACAUGAUUGACAACGAACUACGACAGCUGAAAGAAUCUUUGACUAGAAACGCUUAUCCCGAUGCGUUUAUCGAAAAGCACAGCAAGCCUAAAUUGAUCAGACAAACGAAUUGUUCAGCAGAAAAACUACUAGUCACCAUUUGUCUUCCAUUCAUACGUGAUGACAUCAAUUGCUUGCUCAAACGACCACUUGGAUCAGCGCUUGCCGAAAACAAAUAUUAUGCACCUGACCUCAGAAUUAUUCAUCGAACGAUUGAGAUCCCCACACCCUCGGUGAAACAACGUCCACCUCUGUACACCAAAUCGAAUCUGAUUUACCAAUUUCAGUGUAGUUGCGGAGCAACGUACGUGGGUCGAACAGAGCGCCAGUUACGUAACCGAGUGAUUGAAUAUAUUCCAAAUUGGGUACAACGUUUUGUGAUGCAAUCAGGGUCAGAUCAAAGGCAUAAUGACAACGUUCGAAACCAUAAGAUCCCGUGGUCGGCUGUCGGCCGUCGGCCGUCGGCCGUCGCUCGUCAUCUUCUGAUGACGCAACAUCCAGCUGACCGAAGCACUGCGUUUCGGGUCAUUUACGUGGCAAAGUAUACCAGGCUUUUGAGCUUUGUGUCUGUGGAAUAUGAACGUGGUCUGGUCCGAACACUAUUUCAAACAGCACGACAUAUCUGCACAGAAGACAUGAUUGACAAAGAACUACGACAGCUGAAAGAAUCUUUGACUAGAAACGCUUACACCGAUGCGUCUAUCGAAAAGCACAGCAAGCCUCAAUUGAUCAGACAAACGACUUGUUCAGCAGAAAAACUACUAGGACUAGCGCAAAUAGGUGAAUUGAUCGAAACUGGGCUUAAACGGCGUCCUACGGGCACCAUCAUUCUUUGUCCAGAGGAUAGUCACGGCCUGAGAAACACAUUGGCACAAGAGAAAUUCCAAUAG